CUCCUUCGUAGAUGGUUUCUUUGGCUACAAUCACAUUUUCAUUCAUCUACCAAAUCAGGAGAAGAUAGCUUUCUGAACACUAUGGGGCAUUUACACCUACAACAUCCUUCCAUUUGGCUUGUGCAACCUAUGAGCUACUUUCUAGAGACUUGUGCUCAGCUUCUACCAUUUUUGGAGAUAAAGACUCGUGAUUUUUGCUUGCUGGGAGGAACACUUUACCAGAGAACAACUCAUGGUCCACUAGUGUACUGCUUGAUAGAGGCUGAGGUUCCAAAAACGCUUGAAGCCUUUCAUUCUUAUAGUGGUCAUUUUGUGGGAUCAACAAUGGGCAAACCAUUCUUUAUAGUGGUUUCUACUGGCCUACAAUCUUCAAAGACAUGAAGAUGCACAUCUUGCCAACAGUUUAAAUCAUAUUCAGGAGGCCACGAGGUUCUUUUUCGUUUUAAUGCAAGGCCGGGAUAUUGUUUCCUGGAAUGCUAUCUUUUCUGCAUAUGCGCACAAUGGGUAUCUGGAAGAUGCCAAACAAAUUUUUGAUUUCAUGCCAAAGUGGAACCUCUUGUCAUGGACUGCCAUGGUUGCAGUAUAUCCACAGCUAGGAUUCUUUAAUCACGCAAGGCGAAUACUGGAAACUAUGCCAGAACAAGAUCUCAUUUCGUCGACGGCCAUGAUUUCUGCUUAUGCCCAAAACGGACACGUGGCAGAAGUGAAGCGGCUGUUUUACGAGGACAUUCCGCAGCAUAAUCUUGUAUCGUGGAAUGCCAUGGUCGCGACGUGUAGCUGGAAUGUCCGGGAGGCAAAAGAGGUAUUUGAUUCCGCCCCGGAAAGGGACACGGUGACGUGGAACGCUAUGCUUUUGGCCUAUGCCCAUUGCGGGCAUCUUCAGGACACGGUGGACGUUUUUUGCCAUGCCACAGUGAAACGUGGUUUCGUGGAACGCCAUGUUGGAUUCUUACGUGGAAAACCACGAGUGGAUGGAAGCAAAAGCUUUGUUUGAGAAAAUGCCCAAGUGGAACAUUGUAUCAUGGACGUCUAUGCUAUCGAUAUGUGCCGCAAAUGGGCAUAUUGACGAUGCUAAGGCAGUCUUUGACACAAUGCCAGAAAGAAACAUUAUCUCUUGGAACACCAUGCUAGGUGCAUUUGUGCAGAAACAAUGCUUAGAAUAUGCCAAGAGCUUCUUUGACUCAAUGCCAGAGCAUGAUGCUGUAUCUUGGAACAUUAUUGUAGCCGCAUAUGCUGAAAAAGGGCAUCUUGAACAGAAGCUAGCAAUGGAUAUGCCACAGAGAACCUUGGCAUCCUCAAACGCGUUGCUGUGUGGAUAUUCCCAAAUCGGGCAUAUGGAGGAGGCUUGGCAAGCCUUCCAUACCGUGCUCGAGUGUGAUGUAGUGACGUGGACAGCCAUGCUGGCGGCAUAUGCUCAGAAUGGGAACCUCGGGCUGAGCAGGAGGAUCUUUGACGCGAUGCCCGCCAGGAAUGUGGUGAUGUGGAGCGCCCUGAUUGCUGGCUACGCCCAGAACGGGCAGCCCAGGACCGCGCUGGAGCUCUUUCACGUGUCUGUGCUUUACGAGAUGCCAGCUGGAACUCACUUCAUCUCGAUCAUGCUGUCGUCCAGCCAUGCUGGCAAGCUUGACGCUUGCCGGGCAUCCUCGUGGCCAUGACACUGGACUAUGACAUGAGGCCGGAAAGCCAGCACUACUCGUGCAUGGUGGAUGUGUUAAGCAGGGCGGGCCAUUUGGAAGAUGCCAAGGACUUGAUUGUGAAUAUGCCCUAUUUGCCCCAUGCAGCAUAUUGGAGGAGCCUGCUAGGCGCUUGCAGCAGGAGCGGCGAUGGGAAUGGUGCUGCCGCUGCCAAGAGCGUGCUCGAUCUGGAAUGUAGGGAUGGAGCAGGAUACAUGCUUCUGGCCAAUGCCUACAGCACUAUCAUUCGAUCUCAAUAAAAGAAGAAAACUAAUUUGAUAUUGCAAGCAAAUUUGUACAAAACUGAAAGAUAGUUCUUUAAGGAACUUCUUACUGAUGCCAAUGGAAAGUAAACCUUCUAACUACUAAAGCAUAUUCGUGCUUACAAGUAAAAUCAUUGCUCCAUAUUAAUCUUCAAUUGUAAUGAAAUAAAAAA